CGUGACCCAAAAAUUCCCAGCGCCAAAUGCAGAGCAUGUGGGGUUGAGAGUUAACCUGAUAUCAAAUCAGGGCAAGGGAACUGUUAAUCUCCACAUCAGUCUGCAGCUCGGCAAUAAAUUAAGAAGUUCCGGGAUUUGAAUAAAGUAUUACCUGGCUGGCAGGAAGUGGAAAUCUCUGCCUUGAGGGGGAUUGUUUGAAAUCUCACCCUUCACCUUGCAUUUUAUCUUGAACUUUGGCGACGGGUGUAGUGCUGGUGGUAGGUCAGAAUGCAACUCUGACUGGAAACGGGACUUUUCCAGUAUUGCGUCUAUUUUCCCCCCAAAUUCAACCGAAGGAAUGUUUUAAUUGAACGUCGCGGGAUUUUUUUUCUUUAUCAACAUUCUAAAGAUUUCCAUUUUAAACAGAGUAUUUGAAGAGGAGGGUUUGUAAAGAAGAAAUGUGGAACUCUCUUUAAAUCCCUGGCCGUACUGCACCCCCCCCCCCAUGAAGGUGGCUGAUAAUAUUGAUGUCAGAGAGCUGCAACUGUGUCCUGGCAAGAUGACAUCAUCUAAUGAUUAUGGAACCACUUCAUGGGAGCUUAAUGUCCAGGUGGAUCAACCAAGUGAAGAUUUGCCAUUGGAGUUUCAGCUGAGAGUAACAGGAGACUUUCAUGUUGGAGGGGUAAUGCUUAAAUUAGUGGAACAAAUUCCUGUACCCCAAGACUGGUCAGACUACGCCCUUUGGUGGGAACAAAAGAAGUGCUGGCUUCUGAAAACUCACUGGACUUUGGACAAGUAUGGAAUCCAAGCUGAUGCUAAACUGCUUUACACACCCCAGCACAAGUUACUAAAACUACAGUUGCCUAAUAUGAAGACAGUAAGAUUAAAAGUUAGUUUUUCUUCAGUGGUCUUCAGGGCAGUGAUCGAUAUCUGCAAGGCUUUGAAUAUUCGUAGGCCAGAGGAACUUUCCCUAUUGAAACCGCAAAAGACUGUCGUUAAAAAGAAGAGUAAAGAAAAAAUUGAUAUACGUCCAAUUAAUGAAGAUGUUUUAGAUUUGGAUCAGGUGCCAUUAUCCCCAGGAUCAAUAGCAAGUCCUGGACUGUACAGCAAGACGAUGACUCCCAUAUAUGACCCUGUCAAUGGAACGCCCGUUUCUUCCACAAUCACUUGGUUCAGCGAUAGUCCUCUAGCUGAACAAAAAUGCAAUAUUCUAGCUGUUAGUCAGCCAAACAUUACACCAGAGGUACUGGCCAAAAUGUACCGGCCACAGAAUCAAGUUGACAAAGCAAAACUAAAUGCUGGAUGGCUAGAUUCGUCAUGUUCACUGAUGGAGCAAGGCAUUCAGAAGGAAGAUAAGCUGCUAUUACGUUACAAGUACUACAGCUUUUUUGAUCUGAAUCCAAAAUAUGACGCGGUUCGAAUAAACCAGCUGUACGAGCAAGCACGGUGGGCAAUUCUGUUAGAAGAAAUUGACUGCACUGAAGAAGAAAUGUUGAUGUUUGCAGCAUUACAGUAUCACAUAAGCAAGUUAUCACUACUUUCUGAACCAGAAGACUACACAAAUGAGCAAGAUGUAGAUGAAGUCGAGGCUGCCCUUAGCAGUCUAGAGGUGACACUUGAAGGUGGAAAAAUUGACAAAAUUUUGGAGGACAUCACAGACAUCCCAAAGUUAGCAGAUUAUCUUAAGAUUUACAGGCCCAAAAAACUCAUGCUGAAAGCCUACAAGCAAUACUACUUUAUUUUUAAAGAUACUUGUCUCUCGUACUAUAAGAACAAAGAAGUUUCUCAAGGAGAACCAAUUGAACAAUUAAACUUGAGAGGAUGUGAAGUUGUACCAGAUGUGAACAUAGCAGGGCAGAAAUUUGGGAUCAAGCUGAUGAUUCCUGUGUCUGAUGGCAUGAAUGAAGUAUAUAUAAAAUGUCAGCAUGAAAUACAAUAUGCUAAAUGGAUGGCUGCCUUUCGACUGGCUUCAAAGGGCAAGACGAUGGCUGACAGUUCAUACCCAACCGAGAUGUAUAACAUUCAGUCCUUCUUAAGAAUGAAGAACAUAAAUUCUUCACCUCAGGUGAUACACAACCCAAACACCAUGGAGAUGAAUCCAGAAUCACUGGUCUCACCCAGAUAUUUGAAGAGGUUCAAAACCAAACAGUUGACAACACGCAUCCUAGAAGCUCAUCAAAAUGUUGCACAGAUGACCUUGGUGGAAGCCAAGAUGAGGUUCAUCCAGGCCUGGCAGUCGCUGCCAGAGUUUGGAGUUUCUUAUUUUGUAGUCAGAUUUAGAGGAACCAAAAAGGAUGAACUGUUAGGGAUUUCCUACAACCGAUUAAUAAGAAUUGAUAUGGCAACAAAAGAUCCUAUCGUAACUUGGAGAUAUAGCAACAUAAAACAGUGGAAUGUCAAUUGGGAAAUCAGACAGGUUGAAAUUGAAUUUGAUCAGAGUAUGGCCAUAGCACUCACGUGCCUCAGUGCAGACUGCAAGAUUGUCCAUGAGUAUAUUGGAGGAUAUAUCUUUCUGUCAACACGUUCCAAAGAUCAAAAUGAAACGCUGGAUGAAGAACUGUUUCACAAACUUACUGGUGGUCGGGAUUAAUGUUAAAGACCCUCUGAAACUGUGGUGUAACCUCAGAAAGAAAGGGCAAAUUUCAAAAUUUACAAAACCAGGUUAUUUGUAACAUACAGGUAUAUACUUUUGAUAGCUACUACCUACGCUUAUAAAAGCUACCAAGAUUUAUUAAAUUUUAGUUAAGUAUUAUAAACUCUUUAAAGUGAUUACAGGGUGUGUGCUGUGCUCAGCUGUUGUCUCGUGAGUGGGGGAGAAAGGGCACGACUUAAUCCUUGCAUGUUAACCUGGAUGUGCGUACUCACUGAAUGGACAGAUAAUGAAAAGGGUAAUAAACAAACGAGCAUAUGGAAACCAGUGUGCAUUAUCCUUGGGAAUGAAUACGAGCGUCAAACAAAACAUAAUACUAUUUAAUAAUAGGACAGGAUUGUCACUAAUGAAAUUGCCUGCUGACCUUCCUUAAAAGCGAGCACCCGAUUUUCCACAAAUCAUGUCAGUUCAGCAGCAGAGGCUUCCGACUUGUGUGUCAGCAGCAAAGAAUUGCAGAGCUGGCUGUGAGAAAAGCUGCUCAUUUCUGUUGCUGAGUCUUCACUCUGACAAUGGCCCAAUCACACGUGCACAAGCUAUUUUUGCUUCUCUACCAAAUUUUUAAAUGCUACUGCUUAAAAACUGGUCUAUAAAACAUUUCUUCCCAAAGUUUCCUUCUCUUAAAACAUAUGAAAAUAUUUUUGAUAUUCAGAUACCUGCUUGCUGCCCUCUGCAUGCUCCAGCUCUGCUAUAAAACCUGUGGGGAAACCAUAGAGAAAGCUGCCAUCCUAGGCCAGUGCAAAAGUGACCUACUAGCAAUGCUAGCAGUAGACCAAACCUUUAACAUUCCUAACCUUAAAUUACUAGAAGUUUGAAGCAAAACCUGUUUGCCAGAAGAGACAUCUGCUGGUUUUAGAUAGGAUUUAUACUUAAAUGGAAAGGCAUAAGAUCAGAGUUGUUGGCUAUGGUCUUGGAUUAAAGAACCAAACCGGUUCUCCGAGAAACAAUGAGGUGGUAAUAAAGAAAAAGACAAACCAAGUUUUUAAAAACCUAAUCAGCAACAGCAGAGACAUUACUGGACCAUAUGGAGCAGAUAAGAGAAUAUUCCACAAAACCCAGAUCAGCAACUUAUAGAUAAUUAUUACAACUCUCCACUUCACAUCUCUAGCAAACAUUCUUCAGCAUUACACUUAAAGUUCUCUACUACUUCAAAGGCAAACAUGAAAAGAAAUACGCCACAUUAACCAGCGUCAUGUUGAAAGGCCUGGGAAUAGGGCCACUGAGAAACCACUUUAAAAUGGCCAACACAGGUUCAAUGAGUUGAAUGACCUCCUCCUGCUGAUUGCGUGAAGAUGGGUGGGCAGAAGUUAACAAUUUGGAUAAGGUCUUGGUUCAGGAUUCCUCUCAUGGAUUCAUGAUAAUAAUAGGGAAGAUCAGAGGAAAAUACUGGUUUUCUGUAUGUGCCACGGUGGUUUGCAGAUAGAGUGGGGAUAUGAUUUUUUCUGUUAAGAUUUUAUUUUCACAUUUCUAUAAUAGGGCUGAGUUCAAGAUUUACAUUUCCCAACUAAAGUGCAAACUAAAUUGGUCUCAACAUGUUAUACUCAACUAUUAAAUGCUAACAAUCUAACAGAAGCCUGAAGGCACACACUCAGCGAUUCAGGACAGCUUCUUCCCUUCUGCCAUACGAUUCCUAAAUGGAUAUUGAACCCAUGAACACAAUCUCACAUUUUUAUAUACUAUUUCUGUUUUUGCACUAUUUUUCAUUGAUUUUAUUUUUCUUUCUAUAUUAUCAUGUAUUGCAUUGUACUGCUGCUGCUAACAAAUUUCACGAUGCAUGCCGAUGAUAAUAUACCUUAUUCUGAUCAGUUGUUAAAGAAAACUUUUUGUAACCAACUCCAUCAAAAUACAUCUGAUCAGUAUCAUAAAAGGAACAGAAUCUCUCUUUUAUUUUCCUCCUUCACACUUCUCUCGUUCAAUAUUCCCAUUUAUACACGACCAUUUGACUAUCUCUCUAAAUCUUUCUUACGUCUUCCCUUCUUGCAGUCUCCCUGAGAUUUCUCUCUCUCACACACACACCUGGCUACUGCCUCCUCCCUCCACCCUUCUCUCUUUGGUUUUGCAAUGCUGUCUUAUUUUCUGUAUUGCUUUCUUCAUCUAUGUCCAACUUUUCAUCUUUUACUUUCUCUAGUGUUAGUUCCUGGGAAGCAACUGUGGGAUGGGACAACAACACGUGUCUAAAAAAAAGUGAGACCUAGUACAGGAAACUUUGAAUAAACAUUAAAGAGCAGUAAGGAUCACAGGAGCAAGCCUUUGCAAAUAUUAAAAUAGCACAAGAGGAAAGUAGAACAAGCGCCGACUAUACUGGAGAAGAACUUGCGGUAUGGGCCCAAGUGCAGUCAAUUGGAAAGGAGCCAGUCUUUCCCAUCCUUCCUGUACCAGGAUCAGUACAGUUUGGUUGGUUAUUUUUAAAAGAACAUUCAAUAUAUAACAAAUUUAUACUUAAGGUUGCAAAUGCAAAAGUAUUAGUUUUUAACAGGAUGAGCAGCCUUUGUGAGGAUCCCUAGGUAUAACAUUGGCUUCCUGUGGAGGAAGAACGCAAUCCUGUCAUCAGAAUCAGCUCUGGAAGUAUUGUGCAUGCAUACAUUUACAUAGUUUUGGCACAUGAAUAGGACCAUUUAAUACAUUGUGAGCUAAACUUUGAUGCAGUGUUCUGUAGCACAGAUGUAAAGUACAAAUUGUUUAUACUACAAGGUUACAUUACCCACAAUGUUCUGGACAUAGUGAAAAUAGACUUCAGUGGGAAGAUUUUUUGGUUACUUACAAGAUAAAAGAAAAAAAUGAGAUUUAUUUUAACAUGAGACCACUACUGGAAAAAGUAGGAAAUCCAAUUUUACCUUUGAGAUUUACAAAAGACAACAACAGGUCACACUGGCUAAAAGCCGAUUAAGGAGUGAAAGGAAUGGCAUAAAGAUGUCACCAGUGCUCUAGCAGUAUGUUACUCAGCUUAUCAGAGUCCAGUGCUGACCAUUUUAAGUAUACUUCAGGUGCAGAAAUUUAAAACUGGUUUAAUAAAUGUUUGAACUUUAUUUUAGUAACAGCAAUAAACAAACAUUAGCAUAAAUGUUUGAACUCUAUUUUAAUAACAGCAAUAAACAAACAUCAGCAUUUCAAUAUAUUCCCAGUUAAUAGAAACUUUGUUUGCUUUAGUUUUAAAUAUGUUCUGUUGCUUGGAUUCCUGCUACUGUUGUAUUACUCCUCAAAAGUUUAAUUUUAUUUGGAUGGGGGGAACGAGUUGUAAUGGUGGAAGACGAAAAAGACAGCAAUAAAUAGGUUGGGUUGUAUAUCUUGACUCAAGAAAUUUGAUUCAAUACUUAGUAUUGGUGAGUUCCAAUGCACCUUGUUAAAGGGUACUUUAAAGACACAGGAGCAGAAUUAGGCCACUCGACCCAUUGAGACUGAUCCACCAUUCAAUCAUGGCUGAAUUAUUAACUCUUUCAACCUUCUCCCUGUAACCUUUAACACCCUAACUAACCAAGAACUUAUUACCUGCUUUAAAUAUACACAAUGACUUUGCCUCCACAGGCACUCAUGGCAUUGAAUUCCAGAUUCACUCCCCUCUGGCUCAAGAAAUUCCUUCUCAUCUCUGUUCUAAAUGGAUGUCCCUCUAUUCUGAGGCUCUGCCAUCUAGUCCUACACUGACCAGCUAUAGGAAACAUCCUCUCCACAUCCACUCUGUCUAGGCUCUUCAAUACUCAAUAGGUUUCAAUGAGGUUUCUCCCCCCACCCCCCCCAUUCUAAUAAACUCCAAUGUGUAGAGGCCCAGAGCCACCAAAUGUUCCUCAUAUGCGAAGCUUUUCAUUCCCGAAAUCAUUUUUGUGAACCUCCUCCGGACCCUCUCCAAUGCCAGCAUAUCUUUUCUUUGAUAAGCAGUCCAAAACUGCUCACAAUACUCCUAGUGUGGUCUGACCAAUGCCUUAUAAAGCCUUGGCAUCACAUCCUCGUUCUCAUAUUCUAGUCCUUUCAAAAUCAAUGCUAAUAUUGCAUUUGCUUUCCAUACCACUGACUCAUCCUACAAGAUAACCUUUGGGGAAUCCUGCACAAGGGCUCUCAAGUCCCUUUGCACCUCUGAUUUUAGAACUUACUCCCCAUUUUGAAAAUAGUCUACUAUUUAGUCUACAAUAUUCUUCAAUCCAUGCUAGUAUCUUUCCUGUAAUAUUAUGGGCUGUUAUCUUUUUAAGAAGCCUCAUGUGCAGCACAUUGUUAAAGGCCUUCUGAAAAUCCAAGUAAGCAGCACCCACUGACUUUCUUUUGUCGUCCUGCACGUUAUUUCCUCAAAGAAUUCUAACAGAUUUGUCAGGCAAGAUUCCCCCUUAAGGAGACCAUGCUGACUUUGGCCUAAUUUAUCAUGUGCCUCCAAAUACCCCAAAACCUCAUCCUUAAUCAUGGACUCCAACAUCUUCCCAACCACUUUAGUCCAGCUAACUGGCCUAAAUUUUCCUUUCUUCUGCCUCUCUCCCUUCUUAAAGUGUGGAGUGAUAUUUGCAAUUUUCUGGAACCAUUCCAGAAUUUAAUGAUUCUUGAAAAAUCAUUAGUAUUCCUCCACAAUCUCUUCAGCUAUCUCCUUCCAAACCCCAGGGUGUAGUCCAUCUGGUCCAAAUGAUUUAUCCACCUUCAGAAGUUUCAGCUUCCCAAGAACCUUCUCCCUAGUAACAGCAAUUGCACUCACUUCUGCCCUCUGACAAAUGGAAGUUUUGGCAUACUGCUAUUGUCAUCCACAGUGAAGACCGAUGCAAAAUAGUUAUUGUGCUUGUCCACAGCUUCUUUGUCCCCCAUUACUACCUCUCCAGUGUCAUUUUCCAGUGGUUCAAUAUCCACUCUCACCUCUCUUCUACACUUUAUAUAUGCAGUGUUGUCUUUGACACUUUUUUGGCUAGCUUACCUUCAUAUUUCAUCUUAACUCUUUUUUUAUUUGCCUUCUGUUAGUUUUUAAAAGCUUUCCAUUCCUCUACCUUCCCAUUAAAGUUUGGUAUAAAACAUGCCUUCUUAUUUGCUUUUCUGCUGUCUUUGAUUUCCCUUGUCACCCACAGUUGCCUCAUCCUCCCUUUAGAAUACUUUUUCGUCUUUGGGAUGUAUCUAUCCUGCACCUUCCCAAUUGCCCCAAACUCCAGCCACUGCUGUUCUGCCAUCAUCCCUGCCAGUGUUCCCUUCCAAUAAAUUUCAGCUUGCUCCUCUCUCAUAGCUCUGUAACUCCCUUUACUCCAAUAUAAUACUGAUACAUCUGACUUUCUCCCCCUCAAACUGCAGGAUGAAUUUUAUCAUACAAUGAUCACUGCCUCCCAAGGGUUACUUUACCUUAAGCUCCCAAAUCAUAUCUGGUUCAUUACACAACACCCAAUCCAGAAUUACCGUUCCCCAGUGGGCUUAACAACAAGCUGCUUUAAAAAGCCUUCUCACUGGCAUUCUACAAAUUCUCUCUCUUGGGAUCCAGCAUCAACUUGAUGUUCCCCAUCUACCUGUAUACUGAAAUCUCCCAUAACGAAGUAACAUUGCCCUUUUAAAAACAUUUUCUAUUUCCCAUUGAAAUUUAUAUCCUACAUCCUGGCUACUGUUUGGAGGCCUGUAUAUAACUCCCAUCAGGGUCUUCUUGCCCAUGUAGUUUCUUAACUCUACCUACAAGAAUUCUACAUCUUCUGAUCCUGUUACCUCUUUCUAAGGAUUUGAUUUCAUUUUUUAACAAUAGAACCACCAGAGCCCUCCUCUACCCACCUGCCUUUCCUUUCUAUGCAAGGUGUAUCCUUGGAUGUUAAGCUAUUAUGAUCUUCUUUCAGCCAUGUUUCAGUGAUAUCCACAACACCAUAAAUGCCAAUUUGUGCCUGAACUACAAGAUCAUCUACUUUAUUCCAUAUACUGAGAGUAUUCAAAUAUAACACUUUCAGUCUUGUAUUAAUUACCUAUUUUGAUUUUGCCCCAUGUUAUGCUCCACCUCAUCCCACUGACUGCAAUUUUGAACUAUCAUCUGCCUAUCCAUCCUCACAGGCUCACUACACACUGUAUACCAUCCUUAGCCCCAUCACUCUGGCUCCUAUCCCCAUGCCAAAUUAGUUUAAACCCUCCCCAACAGCUCUAGCAAACCUGCCUGCGAGGAUAUUGGUCCCCCUCGGGUUCAGGUAUAACCCACCAUUCUUUUGUACAGGUCAUACCUUCCCCACAAGAGGAAAAAAAAGCUACACCUAAACCCAAGUGGGACCAAUAUCCUUGCAGGCAAAUUUGCUAGGGCUGUUUGGGAGGGUUUAACAGCUUUCGCAAACCAUUGUACUUUAAAGUACAAUGUUCAAAAGAACAAGUUUUAAGGAUAGGAACUAUCUUAAAGUUAAAAGUACUUAUUUAAAAAUAGAAACAUUAUUUUCAAAUUUGCAGACUGUGUUAUUUGCAUAAAUACGAUCUUUCAUAUAUAGCCAGAUGUCCCAUUUAAUUAAUAAUUUUCUUUUAGUUUCCAGAAGGACAUAGCAAAAGAAGAUUUUCAGAUUUAAAGUUAAUACAAAUCUUGUACACACGAAAUUCUGGGAAACUGGAUCAGCAACAUGCAUCCAGCAAAAAUAAGCUCAGAAAUCUCUCUUUUGGAAAAUUAAAUUCCUGGUUGGUUACCAUGCCUCUUUUAUCAAUAACUUAUCAAUUCAAUCAAAGCAAUCUUUCUUGGGAUAUUAUCAGAUUUCAUUAUACAGCUUCUUCAAGUGCACCGUAGCUUAACAUUUUUUUUCAAACGAGACCUUUCUGUUUGGUAUUUCAUUUGAAAGCUUCUUGCACAUGUAGAAAACCAUUGUAGCUGGAUCUAAUAUUAAGUUAGAAACUGGCAAACUUGUAAGAUAUGAAAAAGGAAAGAAUCACAGGUACUGGAUCACAGCACCCCUAAAAAACACUUCUUUACCCAUUUCUUAAAAAAAGCACAAUUUUAAACACCUAAUAUCAUCAAGCAAAUAUGCUUUCUUUAAUACUUAAGUAUUACCAAUUUGGCUCUGACAGUAAUUGUAAACAUUCCUACUGCUGGGUUUGAACAUAGAUUUGAGUACUUCCCAUUUGCCUUUUCCAGAGAUUCAGGUGAAAUGUUAAAAAUUCAAAAUGUAGUUCUAACACUCUGGCAAACAUCGCCCAAAUACAAAACAGAUACUGUUAAGUAUCCAAUACUGUAUUUGGAUUUGGUAAUGCUCAAGGAUUUGAAUCAAUUGUUCAUAAACUUACUUUACAGUUCUGAAUUACAUCAAUAUCUGGCUGCAGUAGGCACAGGAAACAUUAAAACAAGCACUCCUCAGUUGCCAGAAAUCUCUAAAAACUUAUUUGUGAAUUCAUUCAUUUGUAGUGUUCACAGUGCAACAAUAAAUCAGAUGUUUCUGUUACAAUGCAUUAGCAAACAAUUAAUUAUUUUAAGGUUUUGUAACAGACUCCAUUUCAGCUUUUAGUCAAACUCUACAAGCAGCUGAACACAAAUGAAAUAUUAGUACCCAUCAUCAUAAACUUUAGAAAAAAAAUUAUUUUUAAUAAAUUUUGUUUGACAUAAUUAAGAGUGUCCAUAAUUUAUAAUUGCCAUUGUGCAAAUUUUUAGGUUUAUCCUCUUCAGCUGCACACAGUAAACCUAAUGAAUUGUUGUGACUGAAUUCCUCAAUACCACUGCCUGAAACUCCACUGUGAAUCUUAAAUUGAUGUUAUUAUUUAAAAGCUGGCUCAAUGCCGCUCUGAAUUUCCCAUUCCGCUCAUCUGACUCUUGCCCAUUUAUCAGUGCAGCCUAGUAAUCAUUACAUCCACUUUCUAAUUCCUCUGGCCUUUUCCAAGAAUCCUACAAGUGAUUCAUUUUCCAAAUUUUUAUUGAAUUCCCUUUUGAGAUUUAUUAUUGAAUCCACUUUCGCCAUCGUAUUAAACAAUGCAUUCCUGAUGAAAAUAUGCAAAAAUAAUUCUGACAACCAAUGGGAUUAUUUUACUGUAAAAUUGGUUUCAUUUCAACUAUCUAAAAUUGCAAUAAUCAGAUUUUAAAAAUCAAUUCACCAAUACAUCUUAUCCUCAACUUGUAAAGUUCAGAGUUCAAAAACAGCAUUACUUUGAAAGCAAAUGCAAAAAUACCAGAUAUAGAUAACAUCACCCCAAAUAAUUUACCAUUUGAAGAUGGAAACAAAAUUCAACACAGAAACAAAUAAUUUCCCCACAGAAGGUCUUCAGUAAAUCUCAGAGAGUCAAGAGAAAAAGGACAACAGAUGCUACUUUCAAAGAUAACUAAGGGUGAACAGGCUUAACAUCUUCAGCACACUAGAGAUCCACGUGAAUUUUCAUCGAAGGUCAGAUUAUAUAUGAUUACAGAAUUAUAGCUAGAGUUCCUGUCGUUCAUGAGAAUCUCACAUCAUUUAAAAUCCAUGUAGAAAACCACACACUGGUGACUGUGGAUUAAAAAAAAGCUCUUGCCCUCAGUCACAAAGGCAAAGGCCAAAUAACCAGCUGAAACAACCUUUGUGAGCUGCACACUGAAAAUUCUCAGGUUACAACUCGUCUGAAAGCACCAAUAGGGCAUUAGAAUGCAGAGGGGAGAAAGAUCUAUAGGUGAGAAGUGGAAUAUCAUAGAUCAGGUGCAGACACAGGAGAUGAACCAACCAGAGGCAGCAAAGAGCAAACUAAGUUGUUGGUGACAGGGCAAAGGGAAACAAUGGCAGAAAGGUGAACUGGGCGAUGCAGAGACAGAAGUGAGCAGUGCCUUCGAUGUUGCAUCUUGCUAAGGCUUUUGCACGUAUCCAUACAUACAGAUUACUCGGAAUAAGAAUCUGAACAUGAAUUACCUGCAAAGUAACAAAUCACAUUCAACAAUGCAGUAUUUGAUAGAACUACUGCAUAGAGUGCAAUAUCAUUAAAACUAAAUUCCACUAUACUGCCCAGUAUUUUGUAUCCUUUGCCUUACUCUUUCAGCAACAGACAAGAUCUCCAAUGGUAUGAAAUAUGCACGGCAGCAACUUGAUUUUUAAGAAAACAACCAAGCUCAUUUUUAUAGCAGUUUGACUGCAUCAGCUAGAUAACAUGCAAAAAAUUAUUUAGUUUGUCAUUAAUUUCAUAUUGUGAUGGAAACACAAAAGAAAUAGCAAAACCAUAGACGAAAGAAAUUCAUAAUUUUUAUUAUUAAAUUUGUAUUUGUAUUUGUAUCUUUUGUUGGAAAAAAUCCAUAUAUAUCUACAUAAUUUUAAUCAAUGUCUCUUUAGCAUAAAAAUCAAGAUCCGCUUCCUGCAUUGUUGUGCUAAUUCCAGAAUUCACUGGCCAGCUCUGAAGAACUAUUCACUUCACCCGAUUCAAAACUUGCACAGCAUUUCUGCCGUGAAUGUAAUAACUGCACCCUGAUGCCACUGUUGUCAAGGCUGUGACAUAC